UAGAUGCAGUACCAGGAGCUGUGUAGCCUUGUUGUCAUUCCAAUCAUCAUCAUCAUCAUCAUUGCCAUCUUCAUCAAAAUUGAAAUUGCUGUGGCUGCUAGAGCAGUUGAGCUCACAAUCAUCAAAUUCCAAAUGAAAUACAUGAACGUGCAUUGUGAACAACGUUUCGUUUGUCUAGAACGGAGAUCUCUCCAAUCUGCUCCCCCCUCCAUCAUUCACACAACUGAUACUGAAAGAGGGAGGCAGCAACUGCCUGAGCUUAGGAGAAUUGAACUCCGAUAACGAAUGAUCAGGCUACUUGUGCACACGAUUUAGGAAUUUUAGGGGUUACAAAUGAAAUUAGCAAGUGUUAAAUUAAAAUAAAGAAGUUGAAAAAACGCGUAUUCAAUUCACUAAUUGUGAAUUAUUGUAUUUGACCGCAAUUUUUACUCACUUGUUUGAGGCGGACGCCCAGAGUUCUUCCCUUCUGUUUUGAGGCUGAAGUUGUUGCGCCAGGCAAAUGUGAGAUCCACCUGCAAUCUACAGAGGAGCCUUCCAAUAUAUGGAUGUAUGUGCUCUGGAAUAUAAAGUGGUUUAUUUUCAGAAGGCUGGGAAAAAAAACGUUUUUUUCUCCCCAUGUUUGGUAUUUCAGCCUCGCAUCAAUUCUAACACGGGCAGUUGAGCGAAUUUAUUUCAUAUUUUGACCACACGGAAAAUGAAAAUACCUUUUAUCAGGGCUCGUGCAACCUCGAGAUCUCUUUGAUUCAUUAAACAUAAACAUAUUUGAUCUCCACACUUUCAGAAAUCAGGACACAGGCAAAGUUUGGAGAGGAUGAGGAGUCGCUGGGUGAAGCAUGAGCUGCCAGGGUAUCGGUCUUAGACAGGUGCCUGUGCUGCUCUUAUGGGAGGGGGUCGCUCUGGGCCUGUUCUGCUGCUGGACCUGGGCUGGGGUUGCUGCCGCCGCGGCCGGACCCAGUGAUGGCGGUAGUGCUGGGCCCAUGGGCUGGCUGCUGUCGGACAAAGGGCCCUUCCACAAUUCCCUGGAGUUCACAGAGUCUGUGGAGAGACACCAGCAGGGCUACACCACCAGAUACAAGAUCUACAGGGAGUUUGGCCGAUGGAAGGUCAACAGCCUGGCGGUGGAGUGGCGUGACAACAGUGGCGGCCUGGCUCCGCCCCUCGACCCUGACUUCAUGCACACGAUCAGGCAGCUUGGGCGGCGGCCCACACUCCGCAGGAUCACUGAGAAAAUCAUCAAGAAGUACGGGACUCACCUCCUACUGUCCGCCACGCUGGGAGGGGAGGAGUCCUUGACGAUAUUUGUGGAUAAGAGGAAGCUAAGCCGCGACCCGGAACCAGGGGCUGGAGCUGAGGGCAGCAGACACAACGGUACGGGGGCCAUGGCAGGGGCGGUGACCCUGGAGGCCCUUCACCAGCUGGCUGCCUCCUACUUCACCGACAGGGAGAGCACUCUGCGCCGGCUCCACCACCUCCAGAUUGCCUCCACUGCCAUCAGGGUGACUGAGACCAGGACGGGCCCGCUUGGAUGCAGUAACUAUGACAACCUUGACUCUAUCAGCUCAGUACUGGUCCACAGUCCAGAAAACAAGAUCCAGUUACAAGGACUCCAGGUAAUUCUACCAGCCUACCUGCGGAGCCGCUUCGUCCAGGCAGCCCUCAGCUACAUCGGCUGUAACUCGGAGGGCCAGUUUGUUUGCAGGGCCAGUGACUGCUGGUGCCAGUGCAGCCCGGACUUCCCACAGUGCAACUGUCCACAGACGGACCUCCAGGCCCUGGAGAACAACCUACUGCGCCUCAGGGAGACUUGGACACUGGCCAACCAGGAGUUUGUGGAAUCAGAGGAGUUCCAAAGCUUUGUUGGAAGGUUGCCAACCCAUUACGCCGUGAACACAUCUGUCGUGGAGCACUUGUGGAGGAUGGAUGGGGGUCUGCUCCAACGCUAUAGGCAGCUGGAGACCACGAGCGGCCUGCUCCUCGACAAAGCACGUCGCGCCGCUAACAAGCUCUUCAGUCUUAGCAAGAGAUGCCGCCAUCAGCCCAGAAUAGUGCUGCAGAGGGAGAGACCCCUUCGCUACUGGCUGAGCUACAUCCUGUCCCUUCUGUACUGCAGUGAGAACGACCACAUCGGCCUGUACUCUGUGGAGACCCGCAGCUGCUCCUGCCCCUACCACCACCCCCCCUGCCAGGGCCCCAUCCCCUGCUCAGUAGGAGAGGGCCCCCGCUGCACCUCCUGUUCCUCUGAGAACCGCACGCGCUGCUCCAGCUGCAACCCGGGCUUUACCCUGGGCCAGGGGCUGUGCCGGCCCGCCGUGCCUGACCCCACGGACCCCUACCUGGGCUUGGAGAGCGACCGCGACCUCCAGGACCUGGAGCUGUGCUACCUGCUCCAGCACCGGGACCCGCGCAUCACCUUGCACGGCAUCUUCGUCAGCAACGACAUUCGCCUCAACGCCUGGUUUGACCCGUCGUGGCGGAAGAGGAUGCUGCUGACCUUGAAGAGCAACCGCUACAAGUCCAACCGUGUGCACAUGCUCCUGGGGGUGGCGCUCCAGGUGUGCCUGACCAAGAACAGCUCGCUGGAGCCUGCGCUGUCCAUGUUCGUCAACCCAUUCGGGGGCAGCCACUCGGAGAGCUGGACCAUGCCCAUCGGCCAGCAUGGCUACCCCGACUGGGAGCGGACCAAGCUGGAUAUCCCCCUGGACUGCUACAACUGGACCUUGACGCUGGGCAACCGGUGGAAGAGCUUUUUCGAGACAGUGCAUUUCUACCUGAGGAGCCGCAUUAGGGACUCAGUGCCAGGAUUGGCUCCGGGGCCAGAGGUUAGGGGACACAGGAACGCUAGUACAGUGUCCCUGGAAUCACCGGAGGGCACCGUGGAACCAAUGGUGGCAUCUUCAUCCCAGAGCAUGGGCUACAUGAAGAUCAACAGCAUGCAGCUGUUUGGAUACAGCAUGCACUUUGACCCGGACACCAUCCAGGACCUGAUCUUGCAGCUGGACUACCCGUACACUCAGGGAUCCCAGGACUCGGCCCUGCUGCAGCUGGUGGAGAUCCGCUACAGGGUCAACCGACUCUCUCCUCCAGGGGCUCAACCAAUGGACCUGUUCUCAUGUCUGCUCCGUCACAGACUGAAACUGUCCAGCUCUGAAGUGACCAGAAUACUGGCUUCCUUACAGGCUUUCAGUGUCAGACAACCAAACUCUGUGGAGUACGAAGCAACCAAACUAUGUAGUUAAUAAUGAGCGGUGGGCAGGGCCAAUGUGAUGUUUUUUGUAUUAACCCAAUCAGAGAAAAUGUCAGCCACAUAGCUUAUAGAUUUUGUCCAAUGGGUCCAUUUGUGUCGGUGUACACUGUUCAUGGCUUUAGUUGUAUGUAAGUGUCAUUAAAUGUGAUGUUUUUAAUCACUCAAAUUAAUCAAAUUGCUUAGAUUUAUGUACUUUUAUGAAUUUUAGGAAACAAACCAUCAAUUGGUUAUUACAUUGAUACUAACAUGCACCCUACUGGAGCAUAUGUAUCAAUCCAAUGAAUCUGCUGAGGGAAGGGGAGUGAGACGCUGCAUAUGGGCUGUGCUUGUACUGACCAUCUGAAGCUGCAGAAUACAUUGUCUCACAGUGUCUCGAUUCUCCAAUGGGGAGGGAAGGCAUCCUUGGCACAGAUUACCAAGCAUAUAGUGGGGACAUUGAGAGUAGUAGCCUCCUACUCUGUACCUGGCCGACAUUCACAUUUACUGUGAUGGAUGAGGGAGGGAAGCAGAGAGACAUGCAAAGCAUCAAACACAGGCUAGGUAUCAAUGGCCAUGAUCAGAGAUACAGUUGAAGUCGGAAGUUUACAUACACCUUAGCCAAAUACAUUUAAACUAAGUUUUUCACAAUUCCUGACAUUUAAUCCUAGUAAAGAUUCCCCGUCUUAGGUCAGUUAGGAUCACCACUUUAUUUUAAGAAUGUGAAAUGUCA